AUGCGUCCAGUUCUGUUUAUAACUCUCUGCUGUUUGGUGUGUACUGUUAUGGCUGGAUUAGCUGGUGGUUGGACUAACCAAAAUGCUUCUGAUUCUGAUUAUAUGGUUUGUGAUACUACCUUUCAUUCAAAUAAUCUAAAAAAAGCUUGGGGAGCUUCUGAAGGAAUCAACGAUAAUGCUUCUAACAACGGACCAUAUCAUAUGAUGCCAAUCAAGGUUCUUUCUGCUAAAUCUCAGGUAGUUGCUGGAACCAAGCACGAAUUGGAAGUUCUUUAUGGAGAAUCAAGCUGUAAGAAAGGAGAAAUGCAAGCUAUUGAACUUUCCUCCUCCAACUGUCAAUUGAGAGAUGGAGCUGCUCGCCAUAUCUACAAAGUGACUGUCUGGGAGAAACCAUGGGAAAAUUUCGAGCAGUUCAACUUCGAAAAAGUUCGCAACGUUGAGCCUUCUGAGCAAUUCUGA